CACCCGAGGGCCCUCUCACCUACCGGAAGUCUUCCUUUCGCUUCCGGUCGCGGCUGUCCAGCUCGGUGCCUGCGCAGGACCGACGCCGCCUCCCGGCACCGUCAUGGCGCCGACCAUCCAGACGCAGGCGCAGCGGGAGGAGCCGGGUCACCGGCCCAGCUCCCACCGAACGCUGCCAGAGAGGUCGGGCGUGGUGUGCCGGGUGAAAUACUGCAACAGCCUCCCCGACAUCCCCUUCGACCCCAAGUUCAUCACCUACCCCUUCGACCAGAACCGGUUCGUGCAGUACAAGGCCACGUCUCUGGAGAAGCAGCACAAGCACGACCUGCUGACUGAGCCUGACCUGGGCGUCACCAUCGACCUCAUCAACCCCGACACCUAUCGCAUCGACCCUGGUGUUCUCCUGGACCCGGCGGAUGAGAAGCUGCUGGAGGAGGAGAUCCAGGCACCCACCAGCUCUAAGAGGUCACAGCAGCACGCGAAGGUGGUGCCAUGGAUGCGAAAGACCGAGUACAUCUCCACCGAGUUCAACCGCUACGGCGUGUCCAACGAGAAACCCGAGGUCAAGAUCGGAGUCUCAGUGAAACAACAGUUCACAGAAGAAGAGAUCUACAAAGACCGCGACAGCCAAAUCGCUGCCAUCGAGAAGACUUUUGAAGAUGCUCAGAAAGCGAUCACACAGCACUACAGCAAACCUCGUGUCACCCCCAUCGAGGUCAUGCCUGUCUUCCCUGACUUCAAGAUGUGGAUCAAUCCCUGUGCCCAAGUCAUCUUUGACUCGGAUCCAGCGCCGAAGGACACGAGUGGUGCCGCAGCGCUGGAAAUGAUGUCCCAGGCCAUGAUCAGGGGAAUGAUGGACGAGGAGGGGAACCAGUUUGUGGCCUAUUUCCUUCCAGUGGAGGAGACGCUACGCAAACGGAAGAGGGAUCAGGAGGAGGAGAUGGACUAUGCCCCCGAGGACGUAUACGACUACAAGAUUGCACGUGAGUACAACUGGAACGUGAAAAACAAAGCCAGCAAGGGCUACGAGGAGAACUACUUUUUUAUCUUCCGGGAGGGUGACGGUGUUUACUACAACGAGUUGGAGACCAGGGUGCGGCUGAGCAAGCGGAGAGCGCGGGCAGGGGUGCAGUCAGGCACCAAUGCAGUGCUGGUGGUGAAGCACCGUGACAUGAAUGAGAAAGAAUUGGAAGCACAAGAGGCACGGAGGGCGCAGCUGGAGAACCACGAGCCUGAGGAAGAGGAGGAGGAAGAGAUGGAGGCUGAGAAGGAGGCAGCAGGCUCAGAUGAAGAGCGGGAGAAAGGCAGCGAGAGCGAGGGAGCAGCAAGCGGUGAUGAAGAAGAGGAGGCUGAAGGCUCUGGUGCCAGCAGCAGUGAGCAGGGAGGUUCAGCCCGCAGCGAGGAUGAAGCAGAAGACGAAGAGGAGGAGGAAACCAGGGGGGCCCGCCGGGGGGGCAGCGAUGCCGCCCGCGCUGCCCGUGAUCAGGAAGAAAUCUUUGGCAGUGAUGAUGAUGAGGAUGAAGAAGACGACGACGAGGAGGAAGAGUCAGAAGGUGGAGGCAGUGAGGGGGGGCCACCCCGCAGCCCUCGCCUCAGCCCCAGCGAAGCUUCAGAUGAUGAGAGCCCCAGUGAAGCCUCUGACUCCUCCAGCGACUGAUGCUGGGGGGGGGGAGAGGAGAAUCUGUGCCCCAUUCCCCCCCCCCCCUCUGCCACGUAGGGGAGAAAAAGGUGAUGGGGGUGGUUGGGGUGGUUGGUUUUUGUUUUGUUUUGUUUUUUUUUUAAUUUUAUUUUAUUUUUAUCUUUAAUAACGUAGUCAUGGUUACCAGCCAUAGUCAUAACAAAAGUUAUUCAUAAUAAAAUGUAUCUAAAAUAACGUUUCUAUCUCGAGGGCCGUGGCGCUACGUGUACAAAGGGGAGGCUGUACCGACCGGGGCAAAAAGGGGGGGAAGGGGAAAAGGAGGAAGAUGGGGGGGGCAAGAGGUGCCAGGGCCACCCAUUUUUCCCUGGGGUAUCAACGUGUACCUAAAUCAGGGGGGUGUGUGUCGUUUCCCCCAUUCCUCCCAGGGCACGGGGGACACAGUGACAACGCCACCCCAACCCUUCCCUCCCCCUCCCCCUUCUCCUCCUCCUCCUCCCAUCACCAUGGGGGAGCUGCUCUUGCCGGGGCAAAUAAUAUUAAUAUAAUAAUAAUAAUAAUA